GUAGAAUGCAGUGGGUAAACAAAUGUUGGUUACAAUUAGCGACGUUUUAUUCUGCCCUCACGGGUUCUUGCCAAAUUCUCGGCGGAGUUGGGUCGCGUUCGCAGAAGGGUGUUCGGAUUUGAAAGUACCAUUAGAAUGGCCGAAUUACUCGAGCGGCGAGGUAGUUUGGAAGGCACAACUGUCCACGAGUGAGGCACCCCUUUCCGGAGUUGGCUAGCACUUCCAAUGACCUAUCCGGAAACAAUCGGCGUACGUGUAUUCCCACAAAGACCAAUGCUGAACAAUAAUGUGAAAGAUCUGAUCGAAUGAGCUCGAAUGAAGUAAAUGAUAACGAACAGCCACCAGACAAUCAGGACGUGCCUGUUACUGAGAAUGAAAGCAACAGAAAAAAGGAAAAGUCCAAAAAGGAAAAACAAAAGAACAAAAAAAAUAAAAAGAAUGACAAGAAAAAACAAGACGACAAAGAAAACCGGCAGGAUGCCGAAGCCACAGAGUGCAACUUCCCUGAAGAAAAUAACAACAAGAAAAAGAAAAAACAGAAGGAAAAAAAGAACACAAACAAGAAAUUUGUUUUGCCAGAAGACAAAAUAAAUGCAGAGUUAGAACAGACGAUAGAUGAAAAAAGAGACCUGUGUGCCGAAACGGACGAUACGUUGCCGAGUUCUUCUACAAAAUAUACAAACGAAAAGUACAUAAAUGAGAAACUCGCAAAACUCAAGGACGAUCUGGAACGUCUACAAAGCAACCAGGAAAAGAAAAUGCAGGAGAUAGUAGAUUUGAGGAAGAACAAAGAAUCGAUUCUGGCUCAGCAGAAAAAGUUGAAAAUGGAAUAUGAAGAGUGGAAAUUGAGACAGGCACAAGCGCACAAAGAGUUCAAAAGAAAGACGAAAGAUGAAAUCAAAGAAAGGCAAAUUCGAUUGAAAAAUGAACACGAAAGGUGGAAACAAAAACAAAAAGAGAAAAGAAGGGAUACAAAGCGUAGGCUCAAAGAAGAAUACAGAGAUCGAAAAAGGCGUAGAAAAAGUAUAGACUCUUUGAAUAGCGACUCAGAAUCACGUUCAAGUAGUGAAAGUGUUGAUAAAGUUAGCAGCAAGAAAAGCAGGAGUCUUCUACGCAAUCACUCAGCCAACCUAUCAAAUCGUGAACAGGUCAGAAAUUUCUUCAGUGGCGUUGCUCAUUCUAUGUACCGGACACUCGGGAUUCGAAAGGCCUGGCGCUACAUUAAGAAAAGGGUUACUCGAAAAGUCAUACGCAGGGCGUUCCGUAUUUGUGUUAAAAAAACCAGAAAAGCUGCCAAUUUUAUAACUUAUGUAGUUACAAAUUACUACAACUUUAUAAUUUUAGUUGUUUUGGUGGUGUUUUCAACCUACAUAAUUUUUGUUAGAAAAGGACCGGCACCACUAGAGCCCGGAUAAUUUCCUUUCUUUUUAGAAAUUUUGAAAAUUUGCAUUUCAGGCACCACCUUGUUACGCUGGAACUGUUUUGUCUUUCAUAUGAAUCUCUUGUCCACUUUUAUAUUAAAUAUUAUUGCUUGUCGAUUCAA